AAAUAAUCUUUAAAUUAAUUAAAAACCGUUUCCAUUUCAACAUUUACUUCCCCUUCCAAUUUUUCAUCAGUAACUCAACAACUCUCUUAUACUAGUUUGAAACAAAACAAGACAAGAUCACGAUUCACACACUUAAAGUUAGUUAAUCCCAUUCAAUAAUCACUUAUGAUCCUUCAUCAAUAAAAAGAAACAAAAAUAAAAAUCUGAUUCCGUUAUUUUUUUCCUUCUAUUUCUCCCUGGAAAAUAGGUCAUAUAAAUUUUCCACCAAUUUUCCCCCGUUUUUCUCAGAGUAAGUACGAGUUCAGUUGAGUUGACUCGUUCUCCUCUUCUUCUUCUUCUCGAAUCGUGUGACUUCACUGAAACGCAGUCGUUUUAGCCGUUGAUCUCGAUUACGGUUACUGUUUUCUGGAUUAAUCAUCAUGAACAGAACACCGAUUCUCGAAAUUGAACCAAGGGAACUCAAAUUCAUAUUUGAAUUGAAGAAACAAAGUUCUUGUUCGGUUAAAGUGACUAAUAAUACUUAUCACCAUGUCGCUUUUAAGGUGAAAACGACGUCGCCUAAGAAAUAUUCAGUGCGACCAAAUGUUGGAGUUCUCGCGCCAAAAUCUACUGCUGAAUUCAUAGUUACAAUGCAAGCCCAACGGGUGGCUCCUGAAGAUUUGGUGUGCAAAGACAAGUUCUUAGUCCAAAGCACAUUAGUUUCUAAUGAAACAACUGAUGAAGAUGUUACUUCCAACUUGUUUGUCAAAGACGGAGUGCGAUAUAUCGAAGAAAAUAAGCUGAAGGUGGCCUUGAUCAGCUCACCUGAUUCACCAGAACUAGUUCCUUUUAAUGGAAACUCCAAGAAUGGGUUUGAUCAUGAAAAAGCUCAGAUGCACAGUAAAGAUGAACUUGAAAUCCAGUCCCUUGAACCCAUGGUUCUUAAAAAACCACAGCACAGUAAGGUUCAUGAUGUAGAGCUUGAAGAGGAUAUGGAGUUGAAUGUAGAAUACCAUACGGGGUUGGAUGUUAUUAAGGAUGCAAAGGAGCCAGGAGAAUCAGGGUUGAAAGUGUCAAGAGAUGACAAGUUGAACCCAGUAAAGGGUGUAGAGGAACUGAAGUCACAGCAUACGGGGUUGGAUGUUAUUAAGGAUGCAAAGGAGCCAGGAGAAUCAGGGUUGAAAGUGUCAAGAGAUGACAAGUUGAACCCAGUAAAGGGUGUAGAGGAACUGAAGUCACAGCAGAAAAUAGGGGUAGAAGUGUCAAAAGAUCUGGAUUCAAUCACAGUAGAGAAUGCAGAGGAACUGAAACCAGGAAAAGAAGCAGAGGUGAAGGUGUCAAAAGAUCUGGGUUCAAUCAGAGUAAAGAAUGCAGAGGAACUGAAAGCAGGAAAAAAAGCAGAGAUGGUGUCAAAUGAUCCGGGUUCAAUCAGAGUAAACAAUGCAGAUGAACUGAAACCAGGAAAAGAAGCAGAGCUGAAGGUGUCAAAAGAUUAUUUGACCACAGUAAACGAUGCAGAGGCGCUGAAACCAGAAAAAGAAAGAGAACUAAAAGUUUCAAAAGAUACGGUGAUUAAGACAGUAAAGAAUGUUGAGGAACUGGAGCCAGAAAAAGAACCUGAGUCAAGAGUUUCAAAGGGUAUUGAGGAGCUGAAACUGCUGGAAGCCAUUGAAGAGAUGAAGUUAAAACUAGAUGGACUUGAAUCAAAGCUAAAUGAGUCUGGAGUAACAAUAUCAAAGUUAACAGAAGAGAGGAGGUUAAGCAAUCAAGAGACAAGGAUCUUGCAAGAAAAACUAGCAGAUCUUCUUAAUAAAACUCCGAGAAAAGUUCAAGUUGGGUUCCCACUUCUAUAUGUCUGUAUGGUGGCACUUAUCUGUGUUGUUUUGGGAUACCGUUUACACUCUUGAUAUCUGGGGGAUCAAUCAUCGAGGGAGAUACUAACUUUUGAAUUGUUUCAAAGUUUGUUAUAGCAGAAGUUUAGGCACAAUGUCACUUUCAUAUCUAUAAAUAUAAUCGGGGAUCUCUCUAUACUUGAGGUCAGUGAUGUUCCAUCUGAUCUGUCUAUUCCAUAAUCAUUUUGCGUUUGUAUAUGCCGAAUUUCGCACUUGUAAAGGUACAGAUAGUACAAGAUAUAUAGUGGUGAGAUUAGUGGAAAACUGGAAAAUGUUAUGUAAGUUGCUUGAGAUUGUUCUCCUUUUCCCUGUGAACUCGAAACUGAUCCUGAUUUUGUUGAGUUAAGGCAUUAAUGAAUACAACCUUGUGAUGGAUCGUCCAAAUUGAUUGUU